AUGGCAUCUGAUAUAGACAUUUCACAUGGAACUGUAAACGGAGACCCGGAUGUCGAUGCUAUUUUUAGACUGACUAGGAAAUCGGAGACGUCACCACUUAACGUGACCUUUGACUCCCACGCCCCUCCAGUUCUAGUACCCCAAGGUGUGUUCAGUCCAUUCAACUCCCAGAACACUUUGUUUCAUGAACGAGCCUUCUGGGCCUUGUUGAUCCCAACAGGGACCACGUUUAGAAUGUGUGACAUAUGGAGAGGCUACUGGGCUCAGAGGUUGAUGUGGGAAAUAGGAGACAGGCUGGCCUUCUUCCCUCCAAAUGCUCACCAAAACAGAAGUGCUCACUCCUACAUGGACGACGCUGAGGACGAGAAGGACAUGUAUUUUCAGACGGACUCUUUGAUUGAUUUCUUGACCAACUGGACAUGUCCUUCAAGUAUGACCUUCUUUCAAUGUGUUCUCAAACUAACGACUGACAUGGCCGAUAAACAUUUUUGGAAAUCUGAAGAAAUCGAUUUGACAUCUCGAUGGCUGGAGGAUUUGUUAGAAUUAGGAUAUUCUGAACCUACUCGAGUCAUAGAAGUUUUAACACUAAGUGAUAAUGAAACUUUAAAACUAGAAGAUUAUAAUAUCUUUCACUAUGACAUUUUUCAACAAAAAACUCUUUUUUCUAAUAUUACAUUUAUUCCGGUCGAACAGAAAUCACCACAAGUGACAACUAGAAAUCUGCAAGAUUGUGCUCCUCAAAAAGCCUACGAUUGUCUCUCCAAAAUAUGUCCAAAUAUUACAAAAAUGGUGACUGCUCCAACUGACACGUUCUAUUCGGACAAUUUCUUUGAUAUUUUGUUGGUGAUUGUAUUUAACUGGCCAGGUUUUUACUUCAAUGUUCGGUUCCUUGAUGCUCUAUACAGCGAGGUUUUUCCAAAUAUUAUUUACUGCGGCGACAACGCUGCUCAGUUUGUGGAACAAACUAAACAUUUAGGAAAACAGUUUAGUUUUAUAGAAGAGCCUUUGGACAGGGGAAUCGUAGGCUACAAAUGUGCAGUUAGAGCUAUAGAGAUGAACUUUAACGUCAAGGGAUUCCUGAUCAUGGGAGAUGACGUCUUAUUUAAACAUUGGACGUUUUUAAACAUUACAAAGGAACAUUUUUGGACAACUUUCGAAGGGGGACAUAAUUUUAUUAAUGUUUCCGAGUCAAACCACUGGUGGUCCUGGUGGAAAAUGAAUAUAGGUAAACCAGCGUUUGACAAAACUAUGGAGGACUUAAAAAGUGAUCACAGCGUCCCAAAAUACAUCAACAAUACAUCUUUCUUUCUGGACAGCUUGUGGAAUUUUACUGGCAGCUCUAACUUAAUUGAAGCCUCACUAAGCGACUUGUAUUACAUCCCUGCUGUUAAAUGCCUUCAAACAAGUUGGUAUAUGAAAAAGUUUCUUAAUACUCACGUGUUUUUGGAAAUCGCUGUGCCCACUGUGAUUCGAGGCCUGGAAACAAAACGAGAUGUAGUUCUGAUUAAUGGGUCAAGCCUUUGGGGCGGCGAUCGCGCAAAGCCUUUCAAAAUCUAUUCAAAUGUUCAACAUUUUCUCCACCCAGUGAAAUUAACGGACCCAGUGACUGUCUCUGAUAUGUGCACUGUGUAUGUUCCUGAUGUCUUGAAAUAUAGCUUCGGCUACACGUUAUCAAGCAGCACUUAUGUUCCGUAG